AUGGAUUAUAAUCAAAGUGAUUAUGAAAGUGACAAAUAUGAAAGCAACCAAAGUGGUGAUAUAAUUAUUAAUAAAAAUGUACAAAAUUAUGAAAGUAAUCAAAGUGAUCAAGUGGUGUCAUCUUCUAAUAGAUUAAUAAAUUUUAACCAAAAAAGUUCUGUCAAGAAGCAUGCAUCUUCUGAUCAACAUAUAGAUACAAUAAGACUUGAAGCUGCUAAAAAUAUAGCUAAUGAAGCAUCAACAAAAUCUAUACAAAAAAGUGAAGCACAUGUAUUGAUGUUUAAAAAUUGUAUAUUCUCUUACAGUUCAAUAAUAUAUGAAAAUGAAAUAUCUGGAUGUGAAUUUGCAUUGGCUAUUUCAGAUACAAUUAAAGCUGAAAUUUGGAAAGAGAUUAGUAAAACCGUGUCUUUUGGAAUCAUGAUUGAUAAAAGUUCAGAUAUUACGAUGAAAAAACAUCUUGAAAUUUAUGUAAUAUAUUCAACUGCCUCAGGAAAUAUUAUAACACAUUUUUUGCAAUUGCUUGCACCUGAUAAAUGCGAUGCAGAAACAAUAACUACCAUACUAGUUAGAUUAUUUCAGAGUUAUAAUGUUAUGGAUAAACUUGUAGCUUUUGCAUCAGAUGGUGCAUCAGUAAUAAUUGGAAAUAAAA